CACCCUUUCUCACUGAAAAACAAGCUUCUAUAUAAACCUAUAUAAAUGCUUCUGCUAUCUCUAUUGAACUCCUCAAACUCCUCCAAAUAUUAUUAUUAUUAUUAUUAUUAUUAUUUUUAUUUUUAUUAUUAUCCACAUUCCACAUCAAUGGCCAACUCCGACCACCCUCCUCUUUCACCCGAAUCCGCCACCCUACCAAACCCGAAUCCGAAACGCAGACGGAUUCAAACCUCUCCUCUCCCCCACCCGCGUUACCGCGGUGUUCGGAUGCGGGCGUGGGGCAAAUGGGUCUCCGAGAUCCGACAACCCCGCCAGAAGUCCCGCAUCUGGCUCGGCACCUUCUCCACGCCGGAGAUGGCCGCUCGCGCCCACGACGCCGCCGCCAUCACCAUCAAAGGCUCCGCCGCCGUCCUCAACUUCCCCGACCUCGCCCCUUCUCUCCCUCGCCCUGCCUCUCUUUCCCCUCGCGAUGUCCAAGCCGCCGCCGCCAAAGCCGCCGCCAUGGACCCUAACUCCAUCACCACAGCCGCCGCCGAUGACCUCGCCGAGCUCCUCCAGCUCCCUCAACUUCAUGACGAACCCUUGAGCGAUGAGUUCGUUGACGUUUGUUAUGAUGACUCGGUUGAAUCCUGGCCGUUGCCUUCCAUUUGGAUGGACGGCUUGGAUGAGUUCGGGUCUGAUAUUGACCCGCUUUGGACUUCGUCUUCACCCGGAUCCGCUUGUAAUUUUCUUUUUAGUCCCUCUGUUUUUUAUUAGUGGGACUGACUGGCUGAGGGGUUGCUUUGAAAAUUUGCUCUGAUAGAUACCUUACAUAGGUAUGCAAGUCUAUAGUAGGUUUUGUUUUGUUUUUGUUUUUUUUUU